CACGUUACUACUUUCCAACAGAGAAGCAGACUCUCUCUAGCCAUGGCAAGAACCAAGCAGACCGCCCGUAAAUCCACCGGAGGAAAGGCUCCCAGGAAGCAGCUGGCCACCAAGGCUGCUCGUAAGAGCGCCCCGGCCACCGGCGGCGUGAAGAAGCCCCAUCGUUACAGGCCCGGUACCGUGGCUCUGAGGGAGAUCCGCCGCUACCAGAAGUCCACCGAGCUGCUGAUCCGCAAGCUGCCCUUCCAGCGCCUGGUGAGGGAGAUCGCUCAGGACUUCAAGACCGACCUGCGCUUCCAGAGCUCCGCCGUCAUGGCUCUGCAGGAGUCCAGCGAGGCCUACCUGGUCGGCCUGUUCGAGGACACCAACCUGUGCGCCAUCCACGCCAAGAGGGUCACCAUCAUGCCCAAGGACAUCCAGCUGGCCCGCCGCAUCCGCGGAGAGAGGGCUUAGACUGACCUGAGACCAGAACACCGAAACACAACGGCUCUUUUAAGAGCCACACACACACACUUACAGAGCAACCCGUCCUGAAACACAUGUGUGCAAAUACUUUAUAAACACAUUGUCCCCCUUUCAUUAUUAAAGCAUGGUCCACAGUAACACAUUAUGAUAAGAUAGUAUAUAAUGCUGAUCCAUAUUGCAACUAUCACUGGGUUGUAAUGCAGGCUCUCAUUUAUGGCUAGACUCCGACAUCUAGUGGUGUUUUUAGAUAAAGCUCAUUCCAACACAACGUAACUGAAUACAUCAUGUUGU